AUGAAGGAAGUGUAUGACUACUCACCACCUGCCGAAAAUCAGCAAAUAGUUAAAAUAACGGCAAGUAAAGGCAACAAUCUACACGAAAUAGAGACCGCAGAUAAAACUAGGUUUCUUGUGUCCAUGCCAAUGAAAUACCGCAACUACAUGUGGGUUAAACGUGGUAGUUUUGUCAUAAUACAACCUAUUCAGGAAGGUGUUAAGAUCAAAGGUGAAAUUGUGAGAGUUUUAAUCAGCCAACAUAUAAAGUAUUUCAAAGAAGUCAAGAUAUGGCCUGAUGCUUUCUAUGACAAACAAGAAUUAGAGGAGACUGAUGAUGACAACGACGAUGAUCCCAAUGAAUACUAA